AUGGGGCUAGAGGGAGUUGGUGGAGAGGACUUUUCCAGGAUUUGUAUAUGGGAAUCUGAUGGGGAGGCUUCGAUGUUCUACAUAAACGACGAAGGUUUCUAUCGAGAUGGGUUUGGCAAGUUUCGGCGAAGUCCCUGUUGUUUUUUUGGCGAGCCCAAGAAGCCUGGCCAGACCAUAUCAAAAGGGCAUAAGAAUUUGAUGCUCAAUCUUCAACUGGGUAUUAGAUACUCUAUUGGGAAGCAUGCUUCGAUGGUGAGGGAUCUUAAGCCCAGUGAUUUGGAUCCCAAAGAGAAGUUCUGGACCAAGUUUCAACCGAAAGGAUCGAACAAAACGCCACCCCAUCAGUCGUUUGAGUAUCGAUGGAAGGACUAUUGUCCUAUGGUGUUCAGGGUGGAGAUUUCAACAAGCGUGAUAGUUCAUGGGGAUGAGGAGGAUCAGCAGGAGGAGGUUGCUCUUGAAUUCAUGAAGGUGAAAACUCCAAAUCUAAGAGGAUCAGGAGCAGCAGCCACUGAAGGAGGAGGGCAGGGGGCAAGCUUGGACAUGAUGUCCUCUAUCUUUUUCUCUGCAAUCAACGCUCAUAGCUUAGUCACCAUGAGUGGCAGUCUAAGGUCGAAAUUGGAUAGGCUAGCUAUUGAAGAAACUUAUGUCCACAGUCCACACCAUGCAGAACAAUUACCUGCAGAUUUCAUUUGA